UUGGCGUAGAAUGACCUACAAUCCAAACUAAUGAGCUCAUUGUUGUUCACGAAAUCUGCGUUAUGAUUGACAUAAACUUCCAAUCCAAAUCAGUUCCCGUCAAUACUUCACCAAGUGUCCACCUCUAUCCACGUCAAACACAAUGUGUGGAAAAUCUCAAGAGAAUCGGGUGUGCCGGAAAUGCGAUUUCCAUUGUCGCCAUAACUUUGGGAGCAAGGGCUGCUUCCAUUGUAUGCAAGUGUCUUAUAGCGGUCUCCACACUAGUCCGGUUCCACACGUACGAAGUAUGAUGAUAACGAACUCCAAAUUGCAUCCAUCCCACAAAAUCGACUUCAGUGAGGAGAUGAAUAUUUUGUCGCAAUCCGUGCACCAAACUCUAGCAUUGGAACACCAUGAUCCCGUCCCUCAAACCUUCACCGAGUUCGUCAAAUUGUUCAAUACCCGACACCAAUCCGAACCUGAAUCCAUACCAGAGGUCUCAAAGACCCCCGUUGAUGACUCGAAAGUCAUACCCAAACGCAAGCGUUGUCACCAAUGCGCCAAGAAACUACCCUUAACCGCCUUUCCGUGCCAUUGUGACGAGUUCUUCUGUGACAAACACAGAUAUAGCAAUGAGCACGAUUGCUCCUAUGAUUAUAAAUCCGAAGGCAAACGCAAGAUCCUUGAGAAUAAUCCAAAGAUUGUAGCCAAGAAGCUUAUCCAGUUUUGAUGUAUGAAUUUCUUACGUCUCUCCCAUGUAUUGAUGAGAAAACAAUAACAACCCCAAACAUACGUACCACA